CCCUGCAGGAAGCAGGGCAGCCAGUCCUCUCACCAGUGCGCUCCUCUUCUAAGUGGAGGAGAUGGCAGUGAACUUCGCCUGGAGCUUCACCAUACUCUGCUGUUUAGCACUCUGGGGCUUCACCAGGACUUCAGAUGCUACAAAUGUGCCACCACCUCAUUCCACCGUGAGACCUGGUUCCCCGGUCCCAAUGAACACCGACAAUCCUGGUGUUCGCCAGGCAGCUCGCCUUGGAGUUUACAGAUACAACAACAGUUCUAAUGACCUCUUCCUGUUUAAGGAAUCACAAAUCAACAAAGCCAUGGUACAGAUUGUCAGAGGGCUGAAAUACAUGCUCUACGUGGAAAUUAGACGUACUGUGUGUGAGAAGAGGGAGCACUCCAGCCUGGACCACUGUCGCUUCCAGAAGAAAAAAACCUUGCAACAGAUGCUGAGAUGCUAUUUUGAGGUUUGGGUAACACCUUGGUUACAUAAAGCAGAUGUCCCUGUUGCUCGCUGUCACUGACUACUCUUCCCCCAUGAAAGCCUGCCUUGCAGUGGAUCUACCACCAUGACUUUUUCCUCGUCUGGACCACUGAGGCCAAGACUGAAGAGGGAAUGGCCAUACAAAAUCACCACAAAGCUUUUCUCUCAAAGCACAUGGUUGUUUUUCUCCUUAAAAUAGAUGCUCAAAAUCUGAGUGACAAAGAGAAGACCUGGCUUGACUGAAUUCAUUGCUAUCUGGUUGUGUAUCUUUUUUUUUUUCCCAAAACUAAACUGCAGAUAAAAGCAUGUUGUCAU